AUUUCUUCAAACAUCACUUAACAAAUGGCUAUUCCCUUAAUUGCUUUAAUCCCUCUAUGUUUCAUCUUAACAUACAUAGCUUAUCAUCUCUACUUCCGUCUCCGGUUUAAGCUCCCACCGGGCCCAAGCCCAUGGCCCGUUGUGGGUAACCUCUACCAAAUCAAGCCCGUUAGGUUCCGUUGCUUUUACGAAUGGGCCGAAACAUACGGGCCUGUAAUAUCAGUUUGGUUUGGAUCAACCUUAAACGUUGUCGUUUCAAGUUCGGAGUUAGCCAAGGAAGUUUUGAAAGAAAAAGACCAACAAUUAGCUGACAGACAUAGGAGUAGAUCUGCUGCUAAGUUUAGUAGAGAUGGACAAGAUUUGAUUUGGGCUGAUUAUGGGCCUCAUUAUGUUAAGGUUAGAAAAGUUUGUACUAUUGAGCUUUUUACGCCUAAAAGACUUGAAGCACUUAGGCCCAUUAGAGAAGAUGAGGUUACUGCUAUGGUCGAGUCUAUUUAUAGAGAUUGCAAUAAUCCUGAUAAUAUGGGAAAGAGUCUGCUGGUGAAGAAGUACCUUGGAGCAGUGGCCUUCAACAACAUAACAAGGCUUGCCUUUGGGAAGAGGUUUGUGAACUUUGAAGGUGUGAUGGAUGAACAAGGAAACGAGUUCAAGGCGAUUGUCGCCAAUGGAUUGAAGCUUGGAGCAUCCCUUGCCAUGGCCGAGCACAUCCCAUGGCUUCGCUGGAUGUUCCCUCUUGAUGAGGAUGCGUUUUCUAAGCAUGGGGCACGAAGAGACCGUCUCACCCGAGCUAUUAUGGAGGAGCACACCCUUGCUCGCCAAAAGAGUGGAGGAGAGAAGCAACACUUCUUUGAUGCAUUGUUGACCCUCCAACAAAAAUAUGACCUAAGUGAAGACACCAUCAUUGGCUUACUUUGGGACAUGAUCACAGCAGGAAUGGACACAACUGCAAUCUCUGUUGAAUGGGCAAUGGCUGAGGUGAUCAAGAACCCAAGAGUGCAGCAGAAGGCCCAAGAAGAGCUCGACCAAGUGAUUGGCUACGAGCGUGUCAUGAACGAAACAGACUUCCCCAACCUCCCAUACCUACAAUCCGUGGCCAAGGAAGCACUAAGGCUGCACCCUCCAACUCCUCUAAUGCUUCCACACAGAGCCAAUGCCAAUGUCAAGGUUGGUGGCUACGACAUUCCAAAGGGCUCCAACGUGCACGUGAACGUCUGGGCAGUUGCUCGCGACCCCAAGGUGUGGAAAAAUCCGUUGGAGUUCAGACCAGAGAGGUUCCUUGAGGACGAUGUGGACAUGAAGGGGCAUGAUUUUAGGCUACUCCCAUUUGGUGCUGGUAGAAGAGUGUGUCCAGGGGCACAAUUGGGUAUCAACUUGGUCACCUCUAUGUUGGGCCAUCUGUUGCACCAUUUCCAUUGGGCUCCUUCUAAUGGAUUGAGCCCAGAGGAGAUUGAUAUGGGUGAGAACCCUGGGCUUGUUACCUACAUGAGGACUCCAUUACAGGCAGUCGCCACUCCAAGAUUGCCUGCUGAGUUGUAUAAACGAAUUGCAGUGGACAUGUAAAAGAAAACAAACCAAAGGGAAGAAUUGAAUUACUCAGGUGCAAACAGCCACUUCCCAGAAAAGUUUUUUUUUUUUCCUUUACUUUCUCUUUUGUUGUUACAUCAAGAGUCAAAAAGUUACAACUUGAGCCUGAAGUACAAUUUCGUUUGAAUUAUAUUUUUACUUUAAUAUGA